CAUAACCGUAACUUCUUAGCAUGUUUAUUUAUCUUCAAAUUCUCAACCAGGGCCAUUAUAUCUAUUUUCUCAACUAUCGAGAUAUUCAACUCCUUAGAUACGUUUUAUUUUUCUUGAAGAACUUUUUAGAUAUAAGUGAAAAACUGAAAAUGAUUUACAUCACUCGUUCACUUACCCUCUACUCAAACUCUCGCUGUAUUUUAGCUUAUGCUGAAAAUGUUUUGUACAAAUCAUCAGUCAGUGGAGCAAUAUCUGUCCGAAAAAAACAUGGCCUUCAUAAAGACUGGAAAAACAAAGAUAGAUUUGACAAUUAUUGGGUGCCUAGAAAAAGAGCCUUCACAGAUGAUAAACUCACUCUUCAAAAUAAAGAAUUUUUACAAGAAGUAAUGCUAGAAAAAUUUUUAAAACCAGGAGAAAGUCCUUUGAAAGAGAAGGAGACAAUUGAAAGACCAAAAUGGACUCCUGAAUCUAUAAGAACCGGUGUCAUAGCACGGAAAAUUGGUAUUUAUCCAUUGUGGACUAAAUCUGGCCAAAGAAUUAUGACAACUUUGUUACAGGUUUUAGAUAAUCAUGUCAUCAGGUAUAAUCCUCCUGAAAUAUUUUCUCAGUCAAAAUAUUAUGAUGAUUGCAAAGACCCAUCUAAGGUUUAUGGAAGUUUAGUUGUUGGUGCAGAAAGUGCCGAUCCACAAUUGUUCACUGCUGCUUAUAAUGGCUUGUUUGCAGAAGCUGGUGUCAUGCCAAAAAGAAAAUUGACCAGAUUCCGUAUAACUCCAGACGCUAAGCUUGAACCUGGUACUCCUUUGUUCGCCAAUCACUUUGAGGUUGGUGAUUAUGUUAAUGUCCGAGGCAUUACGCGAUAUCAUGGUUUUCAAGGUGUGAUGAAGAGAUGGGGUUUUAAAGGAGGUCCAGCAACUCAUGGCUGCACAAAGAGUCAUCGCAGGCCUGGCUGUAUUGGUGGUGGCAGAAAGCGUGGUGUCUGGAAAGGUAAAAAAUUACCUGGACUCAUGGGUGGAUAUGCUAGAUUACAAAGAGGAUUGAAGAUAUGGCGUAUUAAUACAAAAUAUAACGUGCUAUAUGUUCAUGGACCUGCUGUGCCUGGAAUUAUAAACAAUUAUUGUAUAAUUUACGACUGUUAUAUUGAGAAGAAAUGUCACACUGAGGAUGAUCCCCCUCAUUUUCCUACAUUUUUUCCUGAAGAUAUGACAGAACCAGUAACUGAAAACUUAUAUGACGAACAGCUUCAUAAUUUUUCUGAUCCAUCCGUAACAUUUGAAGAUGAAGAAGCUUCAAAAUCAUAGGAAUCAUUGUAUUUAUCAAAAAUAUGUGUUCAGUUAAUUUUUAUUUUGAAUAGUUUGUAAUUAUUUGUCAUUCAUAAUUAAAUUAGUUUAAGAUUUUAUUUGACUGGUCUAGCUUGACCCACUCUGUGAGUUCAUUUUUUUAAAAAAUUUAGCUGGAUGAAAAAACUGUCAGAAUCAAUUUUUUAUUAUAAAGGAUUUUAUUUUAUGUAAAAUGCAGGAGUAAAAAUAUUUUUAUUACACUUUUAUUUCUCUUUCUACAACGUUUAAAAUAAAAAGUCAAACUAGAUCAUUUUAGAAUGGUGA